AUGAGUCCCCAAGAACCCGCCCAGCAGAAUAGCGCAGCGGCUACAAAGAAGAAGAACAAUAAGAAGAAGAAGAAUGCCGCAGCCAAGGCCAAGGCCGCAGCCGACGAAGCCAAUGCGCAGGAAGUUGCGUCGAACGGCGGCGACCGCGAGGACGACGAAGCCGAGCAGUCUGAUGGGCCCGACGUGAUAGCUACGGCCGAAGCCAAGGACCCCGAGAAUGGCCAUGUCCACCCUGAGCCAACCACCACCACCACCACCACCACCACCACCACCACCACCAAUGGCCAUAUGAAGGCGCAGGCCGAAGACAGCACGACAGAACCACUACAAGCACCGCCGACGAAGCUUUCCACUACCGAUAAUGGCGACACAAGUGCCCGGCUAGAAGCCAUGUCUCAAGAGCGUGAGGCACUUCGUGCCGAAGUGGGCCAGCUGCGCAAGCAGCUGGAAGAUAUCCAGGAGAACCACUCACAAGAGACUGCACAGCUCAAGUCUGACCUGGAGGAGAGCGAGGCUGCUAAGGAGCAGGCGCAGGAGCAGUACGAAGACCUGCUCGAGAGAGUUGAGAAGAUCAAAGAGACUGUCGGAACAAGACUAGCUCGGGGCAAGGAGGAGCUCGAGGAGGCAAACCAGCGGAUAGAAGAGCUCGAGGCGCAGAACGAAGAGCUUCAGAACGGCUCUCAGAGUAAUAACGAGAGGGUGGAGAAGCUCGAGACCGAGCUACAGGACGCGAACCGAGAACUUGCCAGCUUGCGCAGCCGAAACAAUCUUUCGCAGCACAACUCAUUAAAGGAGAAGGAGGAUCUGACCAGACAGAUCCAGCAUCUGAGGGAAGAGGCCGAGGCUGCCAAGGACGCCAUGGGCGACUGGGAAGUACUCGCCAUGGAAGAACGCUCGGUGAGGGAGAACCUUGCCGAGAAGGCUGCAGCGCUCGAAGAGCAGCUUGCGACCCUCAGGGACAACUACGAGCGUGCGGCAUCGGAGCGAGACAGCCAGUCUAACGCAGUGGACAGCCUCCAGCGAGCGCUGAGAGAGAUCCAAGAUGCGCGCAAGAAGGAGCUCCGUGAGAUGGUAGAGUCCAGCGAAGAGCAACUUGGCGCCCUGAAGAAACUGGUACAGGAGGCCGACUCAAGAGCGCUCGCUGCCGAGACAGCCAAGCAGACGCUGCAGAAGGAGCUCGAGCGCACAGCACCCUUUGAGAAGGAGGUAAAGGAGAAGAAUCUGCUCAUUGGCAAGCUGAGGCAUGAGGCUAUCGUUCUCAAUGAUCACCUGACCAAAGCGCUGCGCUACCUAAAGAAGACAAAACCUGAGGAUAGCAUUGACCGACAAAUCGUCACGAAUCACUUCCUCCAGUUCCUCGCAUUAGACCGGUCAGACCCGAGAAAAUUCCAAAUUCUCCAGGUCAUUGCUGGGCUGCUCAACUGGACAGACGAACAACGAGAGCAGGCCGGUCUGGCGAGACCUGGAGCAUCGAGCAACUCUCUGCGAUUGCCAUCAUCCCCAUUCCAUAGAACACCAAGCACGCCAUCACUAAACAGCGAGUUCUUCGCGGAUACCACACCGACGUCAGCGAACAAAGAGUCCCUCGCAGAUCUUUGGGCCGGUUUCCUCGAGCGGAGCGUGGAGGAGGGUUCGCAAGGUGGUCAGUCGAGAAAGGGGAGCAUGUCGAGCGUCGCCACGGGGACGACGACGACAAGGCCGGACACCAAGAGUGGGCACUAG